GCUCGUGGUAUUUAUAUAUAUAUAUGUAUGUAGGAAAACGAUCUGUCCAUAUGAUCUCACGACCAUACAAUGCAGCCCCCCAAUAAUGUCGUGGGAGUCCCAUAGUGUGUGUAAGGACAGGACAUGUUCAGAUGGAAAAAUGAAGUCACUGGGGGCAGACAGAUAUAAUGGUGCCCAUGAGCCAGUGGAAGACAAUGCGAGCAACGACUACAAAGGGAAAUGUAGGAAAUAAAAGCACGUGUCAGCCCCCCUUGUUCAGAAGCACUGGCGGUCAAUGUCACUUAAAACGCUCUCAGGGUGACGUGUGAAUCCCAUUCAGGAAAAGAAGAAUUUCCCAUCCGCGUCGCCUUCAUUUCUGGGGGGUAGAGGCCGGGGCCGCUCAGACUGACAGCUCGGCGACUGGCAGCGACAAACAGAAGCAGCAGCAGCAGCCAUGCAACAAGCAGUGCCGGCGCUCACUAACAGUCCAGCCUGGCAGCCAAAGCAAGCGGCACAGCCUGGGUACGUGGAGCUACAGCUUGAGAAGAGAGUGAGCGUAGUAACGCCGAAAGUGUCGCAGUCACUGAGCGAUACUCUGCCUGGAAAUGGGACAGACAGAGAACCCUCGGAAGUGAGUAACCGGGAGGAGAGCAGCCCCGGAGAUCCCCCACAUAAGCAAACCAGUGGCCAGUUCCCAGAUGUUGGUGAAAAUGAGGGGGAACAGGCAGACUACAUCCAGUCUUACUCCUCUUCCCCAGUCGGUGACCCCCAGAUCGCCUGCGCCAACGACGAAGCGCACUACAUCACUACCCACGAGAUCCAGCUGUGUGAGGCCGACCAGGAGCCUGAUUACCCACAUUUUGGUUUGGUCCCUUCCGCGUGGAGUGAAGCGACCGAUAGCGCCCCCUGCGCCUUCCUGGAGUACGCGUCGUUUGACAGCCAAGGGGGCAGCCCGACAGACGAGGACUAUUAUAUGAGCACCACCACCAGCGACCCCAACCCCACGGACAGUGUGUGCAGCGCUGAGCUGAUCAGCAGCCCCCAGUCACACAGCGACACCUCCCCGAGCAUCUGCAGCAGCACCUUGGACAACACUCGCUCCAAAGCCGGGAUCCUCCUAUCAAUCAGAAGUGCAGCCAAGACUAUAAAUGAGGGGGGCAAUGCGCAGACACAGACAAACACCGCCCCUGCCGGCGCCAGGCAUGAUACAGACACAGACAUGAGCUACUGCGUGUCCAGAGCCCCGGACUGUAAGUCCGCUUUCCGGCAGCUGCAUCAGUUCCCGGCUUUACCCCAGGCGGCUGAUGCGCACCGACUUGUGGCUGUUCCUGCCCGACUGCAGGCUCGUAGCGGCGUCCAUGCCGACAUCUCCAGCGGAGCUUCCAGCGCUGUCAGCGAGUUGGACGAUGCGGACAAGGAGGUGCGAAACCUCACCGCCCGAGCAUUCCGCAGCCUGGCUUAUCCUUACUUCGAGGCGAUCAACUUCAGCUCCAGCGAAUCCACCACCUCCUUGUCUGACCAGAACAUCGGCAUCAACAGCUGGUCCACUUACCUGGACUUCAAGGGGGGAGCAGUAGUGUCCCAGAAGGCAGAGAAGAGCAUCCACCAGCACUCGGCUACUUCUGCCUCCAGCUUCGGCGUCAGCAAAUUCAACAAGAAUGCGCCCAAGGAGCAAGUGUUCGUGCAGGCGAAUAAAUCGCACACCAAGGCGUUUGAGCUGGUGCUCAGCGAGUUGGAGACCAAGGGGGCGAGCGGGGGCAGUGGCUCAUCUCAGCGCAUUCAGUCUGGAUCCAGGGUCGUGACUCUCACUGAGACUCUGAACUUCAGCAGCAACGUGACCACGACUGGGAGUGACAGAGCCAACAAGCCACCUGAACAGGCUCCAGCCUCAGCUCAAGCGGAUGGGGUUACCGAGUCGCUGCCAAGAGAGCCGGCUGAGCAGGAGGGGAGCAGACAGUCGCACAGUGCUGCAGCAGAAGCCAUGGAAGGAACGCACAAAUCCAAGUUUGCUUCCAGCCUUCUUAAAAAUGUCAUCUCAAAGAAGAUGAAGCUGGAACAGGAGUUUAAAAUGGAAAGAGGAGAGAUCACUGACACUUCUUAUAAGGGACUCUCUACUCCCUCCAAAGAGACAGAAGGAGCCAGAGAGAAGGGGAUCCAGAGGCAGAACUCGAGGUUUUCUGAGGCCAGUUCAGAUUUGACCUUGGUCGGCAGCGAAGAACUAGGAGAGUUUUUCGAUACAAAGUCGUCGGUGACUCCCAAAGACUUGGCACCCGCAGAGGGAAAUGUAGCAAAGCAACUGUCAUUAAUAGAGCUGCCGAGGGAAGAAGAGAUAAAGAAAAGCGCUUCAGAAGCGAUGAAAGGCAUGCUCCUCCACAGCCAAAAUAGUGCCUUCAGGUCCUGGAAGGAGAAGGAGAUAGAAAAGAUGGAGAAGAAAAUAGAAGAGAAAGUGGCCAAAGCCCGGAGAAUAAAGAUCCCCUUGGAGAGGGACUGGAGGGCAGAUUUAGGGGAGCUGCCAGGCAGUCAAUCCACUAAAAUGUCCCGCUUGUAUGUGCCAGGCAUCCAGCACACCCCCAAGGAGAAGCAGGCAGAGAAGCAAGCGACCAAGUACUCAGUAUCUACCUAUGCCCACCAGAGUUGCUUCAGUCGCAACGAGCACGAUUUUAAGACAGAGAAAUUGCAAGUACUGGAGGCGGCUGUUUGUAGGAUGACCCCCAUGCUAACCCCCAAACCCCAGGAGAUUAAACUCAACCUGCCACUGUGUGGUGACAACAAGGAAAAGCCAUUCAGUAUCGCCAAGCUGCUGACUCCCAACCUGGCAUCCACCGCAGCCAACCUGUAUAAAGCAGCUGAGGAGCUGAAGAACCAGCUGCCCCCAUGCAGGACUGAAGUGCAGGAGAAGAUGCCCCAGUUCCUGGUGAGGGAUGUCAGGGAGAACAAGCCCAAAAAUCAGGGAGCCAUUCACCACCAGGUCAGAGAUGUCAGGAAGCUGCUCAAGAGCUCCUACCACCAUGACACCGGGGAGGGCAGUGACAAGGGCAGCGGCAUGUCAGGACACAGCACCCCCGACCCCAAGGCCAAGCUAUCGGUCGGCUCCAAGAUCUCCUCUUCUCUGUCCCCCAUAGUGAUCACCUGCCAGGCGGUGAACAAUAAGGAGAACGGCGACGACUCAGGCGAUGCAGGGGAGGGCGACAAAGUGCUAUCAUCUGCAGCAGACACCAUCCUUGUACACCGGGCUUCGGGCAGACUCCCCGUGGCCACUAUAGCACCUAAUAAGACUGGCCCCAGGUUGCCCGUAGUGAAGAUUGUGUCCAAGGAGUCCAAGUGGAAACAAGAGAAGCCUCAGGAGCAGUCAGAAGUGAAAGUUGAGCCCCAAUCACCCAAGUCCAGUGUGGCCCUAGAGAAGCUGACUGCAGCGGUGAAGACGAUGGAACAGCUCUAUGUGUUUGAUAGGAAGGAGUGGAAGCGCAAAGGCCAGCCGGAGCCGUUAUCUGGUAGCCACGUCUUGUCGCUUGUCGCAGGGGAUGACAAGCACGUGGUACCCGAGGAGAAUAAGAAGUCGGCACCUCGGCCAUUUGGCCACGCACCCGAGCCCAUAGUCCGCAGAAACUCCUACCCCGGCUCAGACAAGAGCCCCUCAAAGCCCCUGGCAGCAGAGACAAAGGCCCAGAUUAAAACUUUCCAUGUAUCAAAGAUCGGGGAGCCUAAAGGCGUAGAGCAACAGAAGACCCAUGACACCGAGAUUGCUGCCAACAAUCGCAGCGUCUUUACAGUUAGUUCUGCAAAAAGACAACAGAGCCGGGAGUUAGCACUAAACACAAAGAACUCUCGUCCGCAGCCCCCCAGUUCCCUAAGAAUCCAGCCUCGGGCCUCAGAAGAGGGGAAAAAAGCAGAACCAGAGCCAGCCAUUGCCCCCCAGCCUCCACAACCUCGCAAAGCCAGCGCAGACUUUGAGAACUACCUCACUAUCCCAGUCAAAGCAGCCAGUGAGGCUACAGCUGGAAAGCCACCGGUUGCAGCCACUGUUCGCGAAACUUCAACAUCCUCCAGAGAGAAGGCAGCGACUCACAGCCGUGAUCCAGCCUCCAUAUGCAGUCUGCCUCCCUUUAGUGCCAAGAGCCAUGCUAGCAGCCUCAAGAGUCCAGUCAAAACACUCAGCGACUGGCGCAGCAAGGUUAAAGAGGGAGUUCAGCCCAACAGAACCCAUUCUACAAGAGUAGAGCCUCAGUCCCCAGACUCUAUCCCUUCAGCCACUAUCUACCAUCAUGCCAUUCCACCUGUACCUGUGGCUAUGCCCAGUUCUCAAGCCCCUGUAUUUUAUUCACCACCCUUAUCCACAGCUACCCCAGUUGAGAUGUACCCCCAGCAGACCCAACGCAAAAUGCUGGUGGACUUAGCCACAGGGCAAUAUUACCUUGUAGAUACCCCUGUGCAGCCAGUUAAAAAGAGACUCUUUGAUCCAGAAACUGGACAGUAUGUGGAAGUCCCAGUGCCUGCACCCCCUGCAACACCUAUGCCCAUUCACAUGCCACCCCUAGCUCUCAGCCCUGGUGCAUAUGGAGCCGCUUACAUGUUUUACCCUGGCUUUUUACCCACUGCAACAAAUGCUGUGCUCCCUGCCACCCCUCUUCAGAGUCAGCUUUCUCAACAUGGUAGUGAGCACAGCUUUGAGGUGCAAGGUGUGGAGACUGCCCAGUCAGGGGAGUUGAACAUGAACGAAUACCCCUAUUACCUUGCUACUGGGUCCUCAGCAGGCGAUCCGGCAACUGGGACAGCAGCUAAUAUCAGAAGGGGCUCCCUAGGCUGCCCAGAGAGCAAACAGGUCAUCAGCAUCUUGUCUCAACCAGGACCCCGGAUUGUGGCUCCUCCAUCCUUUGAUGGCACCACUAUGAGGUUUGUUGUGGAACACAGAUGAAAACUAAGAAAUGAUUUCUUUUGUGUCGGUGACUAGACAAAUCCUUGUGAAGCACAAGAAGUUGUGGAACUCACACUAAGCUUGAAAUGCAUGGCAGAUGCCUCCUAGUGAAUACUAGUACAUGUCCUUGGUGUGUAACCAAAAGAGAAGACAGAGAAGUCAACAGAUUCCACACUUGGACAGCCAAAUGUGUGUGUGAGUUUGGGUUCAUAGAAUUUAGUAUAUCUGGCAGACUCUGUUGCAGCCUUAACAAGUAUUUAUGUACUUUUGGUAUUUUUCUUUGUCUCUCUGUACUGAAAGUCAGUGAGAAUAUUGUAAGAAGAAAAAAAGGAAUUUUAGGAAUAUAUGCCUACAAUGGUAUGGGUGCUUUUCAUAUGCUGCUUUAGGAUAUGUAAGAGUUUAAGCAAGUCACAUAGGUUUGUAUUAGCUUUGGCACUUCUGGCAGAGAGAGAUUACAGAGACCUCUUUCUAAGAUAGAAGUAUCUCAUUACAACUUGUGCUGCUAUUUCAAAUUAAAUUAUAGACCUUAAUUAUGAUAAUUGUACAUGUAUUUUCUGCCUUAAAGGGGAAGUAAAGUCUAAAAUAGAAUUAGGUUACAAAUGCUGUAUUUUGUAUACUAAACAUAAACAUGAACUUACUGCACCACAAGCCUAA